CAAGGUCGGCGCGCAGACACCGUUGGGCUCCGGCGGGGCGUCGUCCGCGAUGAUGGCAUUGACUACCGCGGGAACCACAACGGGCGGCAGUGAUCUGUGGAGCGAGGCACGCCUGGCGGAAGACAUGGCGCUGCAGAUGUCGCUGCUGAAAUCUGACUCCGCCCUGAGCAAUACUUUCAAGGAGGCGGUCAUGUCCGGGUCGGUCACGAGCGAGCAGUUCUGGUCCACGCGGAUACAUCUGUUGCGCGCGCACGCACUCGAGAAGUCCCAGAUCCGUGGGCCGUACAAUGUUCUGGCGGCUGUUAGGAGCACUACGGUGGAUGGCGUGGCUAGAAUUUCGCUCUCGAGGGAACAGAUUGCGGAUAUUUUCUCGCAGCAUCCGCUGGUUAAAAUUGUGUACGAUGAGAAUGUCCCAAGAGUGUCGGAAGACCAGUUCUGGAGCAGGUUCUUUCUGAGUCGAUUGUUCAAAAAGUUGAAGGGUGAUAAGCUGCUGCAGACGGAUCCGACGGAUACGCUGUUCGAUCGAUAUCUUAAUCGAGACGAUGAAGAUAACUCCAGGAAGCGGAGAAGGAUCGAUUAUGUUCCACUCACCAUCGAUCUGGCAGGAAAUGAACAGAAUAUCACCAAGGGAAGGGGAAAUGCUCCGGACAUGACCAUGCGGCCAUCACGAGUGGAGAACACUCCUAUUAUACGCACCCUAAAUAGUCUGAGCCACAAACUCGUUGACCUCGUAGCCCCAGCAGACCCAAACAGAGACGAAGACCAGGAUGAGCACUAUAUCCAAGAGCAGAGGCUUGCCGACCUCGGCGGGGACAUGGAAGAAGAACGAAUCAUACUGAACAUCCAAGACCAACGCAACUUCUUCUCGAACGAGCAAGAUGACGGGGGUAAAGGCCAAAACAAGUUUGCAGGAAUGGAUGCCACCGUGGCGUUGGAAGGCAUGAUCCGGGACCUGGGAACCAACCACUUCGACAUAUCUGACAUCCUCCCGAACGAGGAGGACGAGGACAUGGAGGACAUGGACGGUACAGCCACGGCGCGGAAGACCAGCUUCCACCUCGCCACAAAACAGGUGACCGAGGCGGUGCGGGACCGCACAUCCCAGAUGAUCUCUGUUGGGGCCGCCGGCACCGCAAGCUCGCUAUUCGCUACCACCGGCGGCCUGCCGCGUGAAGUCUUCGAGUCCGUCCAGUCCGUGCACGCAACCACAAACGAGUUUCUCCACCACUUCUGGCUCGCCUUCCUCUCCGGCGACGAGAAGCGCGCAAAAGACAUUAACAGCAUGGUCUCCAGUCUGCGCAAGUCGAAAGACAGAAUUGAGGCUGUGGCGAUUACUGCAGAGGAGCAGAAGGAGGUCGAGAGGGUGAAACGCAAGAGGGAUCUGCACGAGGAGUACAAAAAGACUGGUAUAAAGCCGAAGAAGAAGGAUAUGGAGGUUGGCGGUGGCAGGAAGGUCGUUGAUGAGAUGCUGGCGCCCACGCUGGUUGCAAUUGAGAAGGCGCUCGUGAAGUACGAGAGUGCGUUGGAUGAGGCGGAGAAGUUGGCUGCUGCGGCGUAGGGAGUUUGGCUGGUAUUACAGGCGUUUGGGAAUCUUUAAUAGACUGCAUGUACCGGUACCUCACGAAAGAAGUGCUCGGAGGGAGACAAACCAUUCCCGUUCCCCGAGGAUGGAUGCUUGUGAACUGUGUGCUCGUUCCGAUGUCUAGACCCCCGGUUGCACGCUGCCGGCCGGAUUUCAAACGCCUUGCUUUAGCUCUGCUGUAUUGAAACUGAGAAAAG